AUGGUGUUUAGCUUUAUUGAUCCUGUGACCUGUGGUUUCGCCAGAGGUAUUGCAUGGGAAAUUUCGAAAAAAUUAUACGAAGACUGGAAAUUUGGCAACAGUGAUGCUCGGUUGCAGCAGAAGCAAUCUUGUCCGGUCAUGGUUCGAUAUAAUCGCUUUCAAUACAGUGUUUGAUUGUUGCAAGGAGAACUUUGCUAUCGAUCUGAAGAGAUUCCAAAGGAUUCUUCCCAAUUUACGUAAAAAGUUUUCAGGAUGGGAUAGACGUAAGAUACAUGAACGCAACCAGUACACGGCAACAUUCAACAUUGAAAGCUGGAAGGCUUUAUCCACGUCCCAGCAAGGAAAACAUACCUUUGAAAAUUGCUGACCCUGUCAAGAUCGUUUUGCGGCAAUCCAAGCUCUAUUCCCCGUCAAAUCAUCAUGGCUCAUUGGCAGCUCUCACCAGAAAGUUUUGUCCUCAACCGAUGUUAUUGACUCGUGCAUAAACGAACAUGCUACAAGAUUACCCAAAGGAUGCAGUACAAAACGUAAAGCUUUGGAAAUUGCCCGGGCAGUGUACAACAAGAUAAAUCCAUCCUUUGAAAGUGUCUGUAAAAUGCCCUUGUCCUUUGCUUUGAUAAAUGUCCAGGAGCUAAAUAUAGAAGAGAAAAAGUCAAAAAAUGAAAAAAGAAAAGAACGAAGAAAUAUUUACAGAAAGUCAAAGUACACUACAGAGGCUGAGUGGGCUAAGACGGAUGUUGUCAGGUAUAAAUUACUAUAUAUACAUACUGUAUAUACGCAUUACACAUAUGAUAAAUUUAAUGCUGUACAGUAGCUAUAAAUACAAUUUAGUUUAUAAUUAUUUUAUGUUAACAUACAUAAACAAUUUUGGUGUUAUAUUAUAACAGUACUAACUAAUAUUUAAAUUUACCUCAUUAUACGUAGAUGUUAUGGAAACAGACAGUCACUGGCAGCAAGGCAAAGAGACAGACUGACAUUAUGCUUUGAAAGCUUUGAGGAAGCAAAACUUAGACAUGAACAAAAAUCACAAGCGGUCGCAACUAAAAAGAGUCCAGUUGGAAAGUUCGAAAAUAUGGAAUGGGACAAGAAAGCUUUGAUGGAAGAGAUCAGUGGUUAUGAGAAUGGUGUAGUGAAUUGGUCAGAACUUGCAAGGAAGUAUCAAGUAAAGAAUAAGAAUGGGGAAUUGGUGAAGAAUGGUGGUCAGAUAGUACAAGAAUACCUCAAGUUCCAAGGUGUUUAUAGAUUAGAUAAAUUUUAUUAACAUGUUAGUUUUACCUAAAACUUACAAAAACAUUCUUAGCUCUGGUCUACCCAGAAGCUGUGCUAAAGACCUUACAAAAAAGUAUAUAUGCCUAAUAGGUUUUUAUAGGCAAUUGGAACAUUUUCUAUAGAUGAUCGACCUAUGGGGAUGCCUAUAAUUGCAGUUAGUAGCUAUAUAUAACUGUAAACGGAUUUGCAAGUAGCCAUUUUUUGUUGUUUUUUUAAGGUGUGGAUGUCUCAAAAUUUAAAAAGAGAGGAUCAGAUGAUGAUGGCGGACGAAUCAGGAAGAGAAUAAAACGAAGUGCUGGAGGUGAGAUCAGCGUGCCAUGCCCAGUGACGAAUGAGGAAUUGAGGGACAAGUUAAGCCAGAAAAUACUGUCUGGGGAGUACAAUGUUGGGGAGCUUAUUGUGCCUCGAAAAGUAAGUUAGUCAAUAGUCAUGUUCUUAUUUAUAUAUAGCAGCUACUAUACUGCAGCUAAUGCUACUACUACUAAUGCUACUACUCUGUCUGAAGCAACACAAUUUAACUUGUCAAGGGGAGUCUUGUAACUCAAUGGGUAAUUGAUAUACACUACAAUUAUAUUAAGUAAACCCAUUAAGCUGCAGAGCUUCCCUACUGAUGGGUAAAAUCGUCUGGCGUUAGACAAGUAAAAAAUAAAUAUAUGCGCAUAUAUGCUUGGGUUGAAGGGCUUAAUAUUCAAGACAAAAUAACAAUAACUAAGUACGUCUUAUAUAAUAAUUUAAUCAGGUUUUGAUAUAAAUGCAGAGUAGGAUUUGCCCGUUGUCAGAGCCUGUGACAUGACAUUAGCUGCCAUCGUUAUUUAAAGAACCAUAGUCUCUUUUUGCAUGCCUGUGCUCGGAAGCAAAAUUUCCAUUUUACAGUUACAACAAAAUGGUAAUAUAAGAUGCGAGUUGUUUAUACUUAUACAACCCUUAUAGGUUGUAUGCGGUAUUGAGUUAAUUUUAAUAAAAUGUAAGCUAAUUUAUAUUAAAACUAUCACGACCACAGGCGCUUUUUAUAUUCUGUAUCACUCUGUUCCUUUGUUAGAUAAUAUAAGCACAAAAACAAGGUUAAAAUUGACUGCAUCUUUACUUUGACCGACCACAGGAUCGACCUGUUCUAUAUACAUGACACAACAUCGUACUGCGACUCCUCUGACACCGCCAUAUUAAAAUUGGCGCAGUGCAGAGCAUGUGUGUUGUUUCAUUUGAUUUUGUUGCACGGAGGGCGAGAAAGUAGUACACAUAUUAGCCAUUCAUAUCUUAAAAUUAAUAUUUAUUUUAUGAUUGUUUCACUAAAUGCUACAUAAUGUAAAUCAGAAAAACAUCUGUCGUUGUGAAUAAAAAUAUAAAAUCAUAUUUGAAAAUUUUUUGAUAUAUAUGCUGGCCAAACGUUGUAAGCUACGGAAAUAAUUUGCAAGCGCUCCCCCCGGAUUGUUUACACUCUACAUCCAUCCAUCCAUCCAUUGUUGAGUCACGUAAUAACAUAAUGCUUCGCACCCCAUCACAAUAGGACAAACUUGCCUUCGUCAACUUUGCACUAAUAAGUAAGGCGCACUGUAGCGCAUUGCGGCUCAAUGGGUUAAGCAUAUUUAAUUAACAGCUAAUUACCUGUUUUGAAAUGUUGGUGUGUAGGUUACCACAGAGAGUUCCAUACUCAUGUAGCUAUCUGUUUAUAUUCUAGUAUGAAAAGUUUGUACUUGAUCCAGAUAGCUCCAUCAUAAAGACCCACUUCUUUGUCGAAGGUAGCAAAUGUCCAUUGCAUGAAAUCAGGGAACAAAAGCUAGAGGAAUUGAAAGAAUACACAAGGUUUGUGGCCCAGUCAGGUUUAUCAGCCUUUGGCUUUGACAGUAAGUGUAAUCCUCUAGGCCUGUAAUUGUAAGUGCAAUAAAGUUGUUAUUAUUAUUAUAGGGCUAAUCCAGAUGAAGACCUGGAUGCAAUAUCAUAUAGUGAUAUUGUUGACAAACUGAAUCUAGUAAAUGAGAUGGAAGAUGUUGAAAGCGAAGAAAAAAUGAGAAUGCAUGUUAAAGAUUUGGAAAGAACACGGCAUCUCAUGAUUUGGCAUGAUUUAUCAACAGUAGCAAAUCAUUCCCAUCUUGUCUUCAUGGUGACCUGUCUGUAUGACCCUGCUUUUUUCUAUACGGAUGGUGAAUAUGAACAGUUGACCAAGAAAAAAAUCAGUGUACAGGCAAAGGUUGAAUCACCUAGUGUCUACAUAGUUGCAAGAUCUUCAUCAUCUGAUAAAGAGCAAUUGUGCUAUGCAGAAACUAGGCUGGAAUGUCUAAAAGAUUUGUCGCACCCGGUCACAAGUGAAUCUGGCUUAAUCGUCAAUGACAAGAUGAGAUUUUUUCAAGGAGAUACACCUGCUCGUCAGUACGAGUGUGGCCAACAGAAAGGUGGAAAAUAUUAUUGUGCUAUCUGUGGUGCGAGUGCCAAUUGUGUGCAUGAAAUGGACUACUCUUUUCGCUGCUCACAUAUGUCUCUAGCAGAUAGACAAGAUCUUGUUCUCAAAGGUCCAUAUGGAAAGAAGUAUUCUCUCCAGAAGGUAAAUAAACCUUUUCACAGUUUAACCAAGGAUGAGUUGAGUAAGGAAUUAUCUGCUAGAGGCAUAUAUGAGGAACUUCAAAAGAGGAACUUCAAAACUUACUAAAAUAUGAGCUGCAUGGUGUACAACAGGUUCCUGCUCUACUGUAUCCCAAUUCUAAUCUACCUCUUGAUGCAAUAAACUGUGGUGAAUAUGAGAUAUUGGGUUUUGAACCACUCCAUGACAUAAGCCACAACAUUGAGAACAUCCUGACUGAGCUUCCAUCACACCUUCCUAAAAAAGAAGCUUCUGAAUUGAAUGCUCUUAUUGAGUUCUGCAUAGGGGGGGGGGGGAGAAACAAAAAGGGCCUUUGAUUAUCGAUGCGCUCUGGUUUUGAUUUCAAAUCAGAUCAGAGGCAAGAUAAAUUCACAGGUUCAAUUGUUACAUGAUAAUGCUUAUAUCAUGUAAUUUUACAUACUAUUAUAUUAUACUAUAUAGCUUAUACUUUCUAUUCAUAUUAUUAACCGAAUAGCUUACAUGCAUGAGUAAGCAAAUAGUUUUAAAGAUUAAGAUGUCCCACAACUAACCGCGUAGCGGACAUGACUCGGUUUGGCGUUGGCCGAUUUGUGGUUACUGAGACUUGCUUCAACGAACUGUAUUGCGUAGGGGAAAUGAGUCGUAGUUUUGUAGUUUCUUCCCCUAUAGCAGAGCGUAUAAAAGCCUGAGCACAACUAGACAAUUCAUGCAUUAUUCAUAAGGCGAAAGCCUGAAUAACAUCUCCGUGAAGAUAUAUAGGAAUUACAAGUUAAUAAAGAAAGAUUUAAAAGGAUUAUACGAAGGCGAAGAUAUAUUAAAGAUAAAGAAUUGUCAGGAAUUGAAGAGUUGUACUCAGUCGUGAAAAGAGAUAAGUUUGAACAGUACAUUAUUAUUAAGAAUUAUAUUAUAUAAGUAAAAGUUAUAGAGACGCUAGUUAUUGAGAUUUGAGUAAUAUAUAAGUAAGAAAUAAAAUAUAUCAUUGAAAGUAAUUGGUUUCACAAUCUUUGUUGCGAGCGAAUAGAACCAAAAGCGCGGCCAAAUAAAAUAGUAAGGACCGGCUCGUAACAAUACUCUUGUAGAAAUUCAAGAAAUAGCAUACAAUUCAGAAGCUCAAAGAACCCCAAAAUCAGUUCUUCGCUUCCACAACCUCACCUGGUACCAUGCAAUGUUGUGUCAGACAGUUAUCGGGUUUAAACCAAAAAAAUUAACUGCACGCAAGCUUUACGGGACAUACUUCCACAACAUCACAUCCCAUGCGCCAAUCCAAAACAGACUUAUUAGUGGACGUUCAGCUAAUACCGAGGAACAAGAAAGAAUCUUUAAUGCAAUAACAAACAUUACCCGCACUACAUCUUCAUUCCAUGCAGACCAUGUCACUGCCAACAUCCUUGUUCGACUUCAAGCAGAGAAACAUUUGUCAGCAAACCACCAUGCUUCAUCUGUUGAAAAGCAGCAAGCCCAAGUUUCUAAACUGGCCUCUUCAUUACCAAGUUUCCCCAACACUAUUAUACCCAAGGAUAUGCUGGUGAACCAUCCUUCAUCUUGGCAAGCGCAUCUAGAAAGGAUAAGUGAUUUCCUUUUAGUUGGCAAAGGUGCAUGGUGGAAUGAAUGUGAAAAUGGUGAUAUUCAUUUCUUUGAUGCAAAAGGAAGUCCUGAAUUAUUGGAAAAAGGCCCUUUGCUCCAUCAUUUUAGAUCUAGCUCAUUCAAGUCGGAGGAAUCUUACUUGAAAAAAUGCUGGCUAAAAUGUGUGGAGCAAAGGUCUGAUUGACCAAUAUUCAGAUUGCAGAUUGAAGAUACGGAUGGGAAUAUGGUUGUUCAUCAUAUUGAUAGAGCAUCAGGUGAUCAUAUUAGUGUGGAAGUGGUCAGUGAUGAUUUGCCAAAUGAUGAACUGGUUAGUGAUAGCAUUAUGGAUAGUGGUGUUGUUGCAGGGGAUGGGGCUACUAAGGUGGCCGGAAGUGACGAUAGGGUGAAUUUACCCAAUGGAGUUGUUGACGGUACUGAUGCUGUGGUUGCAUGUGAAAAUGUGGUUGUUGACAGUAGUUUUGUUGUGGCUGUUGGUAGUGAAGGUGAAGUUUUGGGUGACUCUGAUGUUUCAUUUGACAAGACUAUUUCAGAUGACAAAUUUGUUGAUGCUACAGUCACUGCCACAAACUGUACGUCUGAAGUAAAUGUGGGUCAGGAUGUAAAAAAUACUGUGAAGAACCCAGGUAAAUUAUCCAAUAAUUUAGUCCAAAAUGCUAUUAUAUAAAGGUCCGGUAAAUGCAUGUCACUAUUAAAAUUAGACUCGGCAACUGUCCUAGAAAAUAAGAACUAUAUGUAUAGGUAAAAAGUUGUACAUACCAAGUUGAGAAAAACUAUAAACUUGUCUUGCUUUGUUUUGACAGAAAUAUUGGUGAAAGCCAUUGGUCAGUAUACCAAGUGUAUCCAAAAAAUUAUAUUGCAAACCAUCAGUCAAAAGGAGAAAUUGUAUAUGCUUCCGUGUUGCAUAUAAAAUAUUGUUUCGAGAUUUAGCGGGAAGUUCAUAAAUUCGCAAUCAUAUUGUCAGCUACUCUACUAGUAAACUACAAAUUAUACCAACCAUAGUGUGCAAAUAAGUACACAUACUUAUAUUUUCAAGUAAUAUAUCGUGUUUAGAAUGGGAAAGUCAGACAACUGUACUGUAGAAUUGCGGAAAAGAAAAAUGAUCGAAAGAAACGUCGACGCAAACAGCGCGCCAAUUAUGAAGCGUGCAGUCAUGUCCAAAGCUGUGGCAGAGAAAAUCGCAGAAAGCGUUCGCAAACAAAAGCUGAUCGUGGAAAAUUACUGCGUGAAAUGGAGGGAAAUAUGCAAACAAUCAAAAUUUCGUAGGCAGGUAACUGAACAAAUAAUUGUACAUUUUAAUUUGAUAUAGUGUAGCUAUAUAAAUUAUAAGCUAUAUGCCUAAUAAUCUUGAAUGAACAAGUUAGCACAGAAACGGACCAGUUGAAAACUAAUUUAUCACGCACGGUUCAUACACAAGUCACUCAUAUAUUAAAAUUAGUACUAUCAGCAGGUAAUCAAAAUUUUCGCCAGUCCCACCCCCACGGUCCUGAGUACAAUGCUUGUUCGCUUGUACACACACCAAAAUAUUAGUGAGAAUAUUUUCGACCCUCUAAAAACUAAUCCUGGGUAUACAACUUGUACUUUAGGUGCCCAUUUUGGGUGGUGCCCCCCCCCCCACUUCCCCCAUUGAGAUGUUUUUGCAGCCUAUUGGCUCUAUUUGGCAAUGUAUCCUGUUAUAUAUUAAUGUUAUUAACUUUUACUUUAGGGAAAUACAAACAAAAAUAUCAAAAUAAAUUAUAUGUUCCAAUUUGGUACAAAUCGGUUUUGCGUUUUAUUCAAAGAUUUAAUUUUUCACAUCAGUAUUUUCUUAUAAAUCUUUUUGCAGAUUGCAAUUAAUGUGAAUGCUGAAAAGUCAAAUUCAGUUUCAGAUGUCAACAACAUCUGUCCAAAUGAGUUAACCCCACUGGACGAGAAUACAUGUAUUGGAUCUGGCACAUUUGGAGAAUGUACUUUAAAGUUGUACAAACGGUUCAAUUUAGUGGUUUUAGAAAAGCAGCUUUCAACAUCAAAUUUAAAAGCUGUAAUUAAUGAAGCUAAGUGUAUGAAUAUACUAACACAUCCAAAUAUUCCCCAAUUGUUAGGUGUCCAAACUACAUGUAAACCAUAUGCCUUAAUAAUGGAGUUUAUUGGUGAAGAUAUGAAGUCAUCCACAGUCCAUCAGUUGCUUGAAGAGACCAGCUCAAAAGGUUCGCCACUUCUUACACCUGAAUGGAUUUCUGUUUGUGUGAAUAUUGUGGAAGCAGCCAACCAUAUCCAUUCCAAAGGUUAUUUGCAUUGUGACCUCAAAACCAACAGUGUUUUAGUAUUGAAAAAGAGAGGCAAGCCAACUGCCAAGAAGUACACUUCCUUCUAUCAUUACAUAGCCCCUGAGGUACUGCGAGGACAACCAGUUAGCUCAUCAAGUGAUGUAUUUUCUCUUGGAGUCAUUAUUUCCACAAUUGCCAAAACUGUUGGAAACAAAUCCAUGUACUCAGAUGGAAGGCAGUGCAAGGAUACCAAGCCACAGGUUCGACCAUCUCUCCCAACAUUGAUAACACAACUACAAGGAAUCAUUGAAAAAGACAAUAGUUAA